AUGAGCCUUACGCGUUGGGCACAAGGUCGGGUUCGGCUCGCGACCGUCACGCGUCCGGCGUCCGCCGUCGGUAGGGAUAAUGAGCCUUACGCGUUGGGCACAAGGUCGGGUUCGGCUCGCGACCGUCACGCGUCCGCCGUCGGUAGGGAUAAUGAGCCUUACGCGUUGGGCACAAGGUCGGGUUCGGCUCGCGACCGUCACGCGUCCGCCGUCGGUAGGGAUAAUGAGCCUUACGCGUUGGGCACAAGGUCGGUUCGGCUCGCGACCGUCACGCGUCCGCCGUCGGUAGGGAUAAUGAGCCUUACGCGUUGGGCACAAGGUCGGGUUCGGCUCGCGACCGUCACGCGUCCGCCGUCGGUAGGGAUAAUGAUCCUUACGCGUUGGGCACAAGGUCGGGUUCGGCUCGCGACCGUCACGCGUCCGCCGUCGGUAGGGAUAAUGAGCCUUACGCGUUGGGCACAAGGUCGGGUUCGGCUCGCGACCGUCACGCGUCCGCCGUCGGUAGGGAUAAUGAGCCUUACGCGUUGGGCACAAGGUCGGGUUCGGCUCGCGACCGUCACGCGUCCGCCGUCGGUAGGGAUAAUGAGCCUUACGCGUUGGGCACAAGGUCGGGUUCGGCUCGCGACCGUCACGCGUCCGCGCCGUCACGCGUCCGCCGUCGGUAGGGAUAAUGAGCCUUACGCGUUGGGCACAAGGUCGGGUUCGGCUCGCGACCGUCACGCGUCCGCCGUCGGUAGGGAUAAUGAGCCUUACGCGUUGGGCACAAGGUCGGGUUCGGCUCGCGACCGUCACGCGUCCGCCGUCGGUAGGGAUAAUGAGCCUUACGCGUUGGGCACAAGGUCGGGUUCGGCUCGCGACCGUCACGCGUCCGCCGUCGGUAGGGAUAAUGAGCCUUACGCGUUGGGCACAAGGUCGGGUUCGGCGGCUCGCGACCGUCACGCGUCCGCCGUCGGUAGGGAUAAUGAGCCUUACGCGUUGGGCACAAGGUCGGGUUCGGCUCGCGACCGUCACGCGUCCGCCGUCGGUAGGGAUAAUGAGCCUUACGCGUUGGGCGCAAGGUCGAGUUCGGCUCGCGACCGUCACGCGUCCGCCGUCGGUAGGGAUAAUGAGCCUUACGCGUUGGGCACAAGGUCGGGUUCGGCUCGCGACCGUCACGCGUCCGCCGUCGGGAUAAUGAGCCUUACGCGUUGGGCGCAAGAUCGAGCUUCGGCUCGCGACCGUCACGCGUCCGACCGCGUCAAGGGCGAGUUCGUCGUCCGCCGUCGG